CCCCGCCUUAUUGAAGCAUUCCCAGGUUUAACUAGCACAAUCGACCUAAGGAUACACCCAAACUAACCCUUUUCUUUAAAUUAUUUCCAAACCCGAAGAGACGUCCAAAAAAGAUUAUGAGUCGUCCAACACAGGGCCUAGAGGUUGUCAGGAUUAAGAGAAAGAGAGGCCAGGAUCCGCUCCAGGCUUUGAUCCUUGAGGGACCCAGCUCCAAAAAGUCGAAGAAAGCUACCGUUUCCCCCAAUGUGUUCUUCAAGUUGGCCAGAACUGACGAUAGCUAUGACGAGGCUGGAUACAUUAACCGGAACGAGUCCCUCUUGGAGUCUUCUACCGCCCAGGGCGACGAUGAAAAUGUGUUCUACUUGUCGAAAAAGAGACCAGCCGACGAAUUACCUGAUAUCUUGUCUGAAAUGAUCGGCGAUGUCCUACUGUUGGACUCCCCCGACCAGCCGAGAAAGAGAAAGCUACCUACCAGAAGGUUUAGCAGUAGCCGUACCACAACCAGUGAGGCUCCAACCCUCAAAACAACUACCAACAUGGAUGAAUACGUGUACGACGUCUACUACAGAGACAAACAGUUCCACGAUGAUUUGGCUGAGACAAAUAUCGGGUACAUCAAGCUCACCGAGGGAGAUGACGGUCUUUUCAACUUGAUCAACGACGAAAGUGAUACCGAAAGGGUGGUAUACUCAGACGAUGAGGAUUCCAACGCGGAGGAUUUCUACCGGAACGACUACCCUGAAAACGAGGAUGCGUCUGACUCUGAGUUUGAGCAGAUUGCAGCCAUGGCCGACCAUCCCUACCGGAAACAAAGAGCCCCAGACAGUGACGAAGAAUAUGCCGAUAAUGCGCUACAGCAAGUGGAGGAUAGCUAUCUUCCAAUUGAAGACGAAGAUGAAGAAGAGAUGAGCGACGACGAGGACGACGUGUACGAGAUUUCCCACAACCGUAGAAGGUUCAGCCAUGCAGAAUACCUAGAAACAGAGGGUGUGGCCAAUCCCGCAGAGUUUGACAACUUAUAUGAGGACUUUUAUGACGAAACUGCCGCAGAGCCAGCGUCGUUUUUGGAUGACGGAACCAACCAGCAGAUGCCGUUUAAGAGAAAUAAGUUCUUUGCUACAGAUGAGGACGACGAGAUGGCCAUCCAUAGGGAUCGGAUUUUUGGAAAGCUUGAAAGGAUGAUUAACGAGCGGAGUUGAAACCUAAUGGCCUUACUUUGGAGUUGAAAGAAUACACAAGUGUAGCCAUGUAGUUCCUUAUGCUCAUGCCCAGAAUUUAUGGAGCAUUAAUACGACAGUUCAGGGAAUUGAGUUCAUUUAUGUGAUAAAUAAUUUGAUUGUAUGAUUAUAGCAGCGGCUAAAAAACGUUAUUUUCCGU